CCGCUCCCGGCGUUCGAAUUCUUCCCCACGCCAUUCCUUCCCUGCUCCCACACCAACCCCCGACGACCCCGGCGGCCCCCGGCCCCGUCUCGCCUGCCCGCCGCCGCGCCGCCUGCCCUUCCCUACUCUGCUCGGUGGGCACACACGCCCCAAGCCCCAUCUCGCCUGGACGCCACACCGUCCCGCAACUCCCGCGAGGUCGGCACCACGCCCCGCGCGCCCGGCCGCCACGCUGUCCCGGCGCCUGCUCGGUGGCGCAUCCACCUCGGGAGCAGUUCGUUCUCCGCGGUGCCGAAAAUUCACCUCAGACUUGGAGGACUGAACGGAAGGCACAGGCUCUACAUCAUCUUGUUCUCCACUCCCCACAGCGUGGGGUUCAAAAAAUUUUCCCCAAAACUCUCUCCUCCCUCCGCUCUCCACCCAGAACCGCCGCUCCCACUCAGACCCACGUCUAGAAGCUUCUGGAUCCAUUUACUGGUGCAGAUGGAGCGGCUCGACUCCAAGCUCCACCAGAAGUACACCGCUCUCAAGAAGCGGAAGUUGCUGGACGAGGGGCUGGAGCGGAAGCGGGAGGCGGAGCUCAAGGAGCUUUACGAUGCCAUGAAAGAUAGGAUCAGCGAACUCGAGAAAGAUAAUGAUGAGCUCAACGAGAAGCUGGCGGACAAGGAGGAUGAGCUCGACAAGGCCCGUCAGGAAUUCCUUGAAGAUAUUAGAACAAGGGACGGUGAAAUUCUGAGGCUGAAGCAGCUCUUAGACAAGAAGUCUGAAAAAAACAAUUCUACAGCUACUGGGUCUCCCGGCCUAACACCUAGAGCUAUCCUAGAAAAUCCAACUCCAAUGGCACCUAAAAGCAAGACACCACUAUCCCACGGCAAGGUAAAGAGGGUACAGUUGAUUGAAAUUGCUCCUCACAGUAGCCCCACAGAGGAAUCACAAGAGCUAGAAUGCUCUAGAAGAAAUUCAUGCAUCUCAGGGAAUGGGACAAAUGAAAUUCUGAGUGCUCGUAUGUUCCAUUUGCUGCUUCAAUCUUUAGUUCGCAUGAAGAUCUCAGUAAAUGAUGGAACAGAAAUGUUUUCGGUUUCAGUCUGUCACGAAGCUAGUGGUUACAGUUUCACCCUGACAUGGUUGGAGAAACAUGGUGAAUGGUCAUAUAAGCCCUCCUCCUUGGGCACCCUGGAUAGGAUAGCCAUCGACUGGAUGAGGCAAGACAUAAGGUUCAGCAUGAAUAUGUCCCAUAUGUUCUUUCAGCGGAUAUCAAGAGUCGUAACAAAAGGAUGACAGUUGACAGCAUGCUCUUCGCUUCAGCUAGCUAUCUCAGUCUGCCUAAUAAGGAACUUGAAGAUGGAAGCCUCCCGAUGUAAAAAUGUUUUUUGAUGCACUCUCUCAUUGCAGAACUGACGUGAUGAUACUGUAGACCUGUGUCGAGCUCGAGCGUGCUGAUUCGUGGGCGACAAUUCUUGCUAUGGCUUUGUAUUCCUGUUUCGGGCCACCUACGGCUACUGGCUACUGCCAUAUGCAUAAAACUUGACAGGAAACGAUUUUUUUUUUUUGAACGGUCACAGGAAACGUGAUAGUUCCUGGUGGACUAUGUAAAUGAAAUUGUAGAAUGACGUGGAAUGUACCCCCAAAACGGGACACUUUGGAUGAUUGCUAUGGCAGCAGAGUAAGAAUUUCUGCUAGUCCGUUAGUUUUGUUGUUUUCUCA